GGCCAGCGGUCGUACAUCGUGAACUAUAUGCAAUUCAAUGGUUCGCUCAAGAAGGAUUUGUAUAAGGAAAUCGAGGUAGCAAGUGUCGAUGCAUUCCAAGGGCGAGAGAAGGACUAUAUCAUUCUUAGCUGUGUCCGGAGCAACGAACACCAGGGCAUCGGGUUCUUGAAUGACCCCCGUCGUCUUAACGUUGCUCUCACGCGUGCUAAAUAUGGUGUGGUCAUCCUUGGUAAUCCAAAGGUAUUGAGCAAGCACCCGUUGUGGCACUACCUUCUCACUCACUACAAAGAGAAGAAUUGUUUAGUGGAGGGUCCAUUAAAUAAUUUGCAGCCUAGUAUGAUCCAGUUCAGCAAACCCCGUCGCUCGCUCGGCAAGUCAAUGGACCAAUUCAGGCGCCACGAGACAAACGCGCGCGACUUCAUGGGUGGCAGGUCUGGUACACCAAGCCGAUUCGACGCGAGUUUCUACCGUACACACGAUGCCCUGGGAUAUAUUCCCUCGGACGUCCAGUCACUCCGCUCGCAGGCAACUUACUCUUCUGGUCUACCUAUGUUCGCCGCUACAGGCGGUUUUGGACCCGGCGCCCCACGCGGCGUGGGCGGAAAUGGGAAACGCAGUGUUUAUGGAAGCUAUGCAAGUUCUAUUAUAUCUCAGGAUGCGGGUCCCCCCAGUGGUAGCAGUGUUGUUGGCGGUGGCAGUGUUGUCAGUGCCGCCAGCAUGGCCUACUCACAAUCUGACCGCCUGCACCGUCGUGCGUCUUUCUCCUCCGUCGCGGGUGCAUCAGACAUGGGCAGUUUGAGUGCCUAUGAUUACAAGAGUCAAGAUGGCACGACGGACAUGGAUGAUAUGAAGAGCCAGUACGCGGGCACGCAGAACGGGGUUACUGUGUUCUAGCACGAUCUUCACGAGGGCCUUGGGGUACGCAAGUUAACGGCUUUGUGCUGCUAGUGCUUCUGCCAUCGCUGUGCUUCGUCCUCUCGACUGGGUAGACGAGCGCUGUUAUCGCGGCAGCGUUGCGCUGCCUUCUGCAGUUUCACAGACACGGCUGCCCUCCGUGAUCUUGUCACUAUCUUGGAUCUAUUGAAACUUUCCGCCCAGUCUCAUUUUCACCUCGAUCAUACAGAACUUGAUGGUCAUCAGACUUCCCGUGUCGAUCUGUUCGAGGAUGUAUUUCCCCCCUGGCCUUUCCUCGUUGACAGUGUCCAUUCCUAUCGAGACUUGGCUUCUUUAUCCCAAAAUACGCAGGCGAAUUCUCGCAUCCUUGUGCUGUGGUCGUUUAGCCUCCAUGUUGAUACGUAGUAGAGUAGGUAUGAACAGGUUGUAUGUGUAUGAAUGAGUUGUUUUAUGAAAUCGCAAUUAUGAUCUAAAAU